AUGCUCACCAAAGUUGCUCUGUGUGUCGGCUUAGGCGUUGGCGUUGUAACAGUUGUAAGGAGUUUUAUGUUCACCGUCCGCGAGGGUGAACGAGCGGUGGUCCACGAUCGGUUUCGAGGUCGACCGGACAAAGACAAGUCUGUAGGCGAAGGAAUUCAUUUUUUUAUUCCAUGGCUGCAAAAUCCCUUUGUAUUUGAUAUUAGUAAGCAGCCUCACACUUUCUAUUCUGUGUUCUACACCAAAGAUCUUGUGAAGGUAAACGCGACUGUACGGGUAUUCUUUCACCCCGAUAUUUCUCACCUCCCUGUGGCUUUUUUCCACCAAAACCACAAGAGAGUUCUCCCUGAUAUUGGAUUUGCGAGCCUGAAUAGUGUGAUCUCUAAAUUCAGUGCUGAUGAGCUUCUGAGCAACAGGUUUCAUGUCUCGGCUCUCAUGCUUGAGGCACUGGGUCCACGUGCUAAAGAAUUCAACCUUAUAUUGGAUGAGCUGACUCUUGUUGAUAUAUCCUUUAGCCCUCCACUUUCCCGGGCUUUGAAGCAGAACCUGGAGUUGCAGCAAGAGCUUGAGCGGGCAAAGAUGUUAGCUAAAAGGGCUGAAGAAGAAGGUGCGUCUUUUAUGCCGCAUGUGGCAGAGGGCAACAUGAAGUUAUUUUGGAUGAGGUUGUCUAGGCGUGAUUGA